CCCACUUCCGCCCAGCUCCAGCGGCUGUUCUCUUCUCGAUUGUUUAUGUUACUAGAGCUCAAAUUUGACCUUAAAUCACAGGUGUGUGUCUGGAUAUGAUGCUUUGCAGAGAAGCUGCUGGAAACAUGACUUCUGAGUAACGCUCAGUUACUUUGUCUGCUCAGUAUGAACAGCGAGGAGGAGUUUUACGACGCUGAGACAGGGCUGGAGUCAGAUGAUUCCUGUGAGGUCAGUUUUAAGGAUGCCCUGGUGUUCGAUAACAAGCAGGUGACUGACGGCGGCGCUGCACAGGAGAAUGGAGUGUGGGAGCGCAGGAAAACGCUUCCAGCUGAAAUGAUCUCCAGAAACAACUUCAGUGUGUGGAGCAUAUUGAAGAAAUGCAUCGGCAUGGAGCUGUCUAAAAUAGCGAUGCCGGUUGAGUUUAACGAGCCGCUCAGCUUCCUCCAGAGAAUCUCGGAGUACAUGGAACACACUCACCUCAUCCACAAAGCCUGCAGUUUACCCGACUCCAUAGACCGUAUGCAGAUGGUUGCUGCAUUUGCAGUUUCGGCUGUAGCAUCUCAGUGGGAAAGGACUGGAAAGCCAUUUAACCCUCUACUAGGGGAGACGUAUGAACUCACAAGAGAGGAUGAGGGAUACAGGUUGAUCUCAGAGCAGGUGAGCCACCACCCCCCCGUCAGUGCCUUCCACGCUCAGUCUCUGAAGAAAGAUUUCGAGUUUCACGGCUCCAUUUACCCGAAACUCAAAUUCUGGGGUAAAAGUGUCGAGGCUGACCCGAAAGGCAUCAUGACGUUGGAGUUACUAAAACAUAAGGAAGCAUACACGUGGUCAAACCCGAUGUGCUGUGUGCAUAACAUCAUCUUGGGAAAACUUUGGAUUGAGCAAUACGGAACAGUGGAGAUAGUCAACCACAGCACGGGAGAUAAGUGCGUGUUGAACUUCAAACCGUGCGGCAUGUUUGGGAAAGAGCUGCACAAAGUAGAAGGUCAUAUCCUAGACAAAAAUAAGAAGAAGAGGAGAGUGAUCUACGGGAAGUGGACAGAGUGCAUGUACAGCGUGGACGCCAAGGUUUACGAAUCAUACAAGAAGUCAGAUAAGAAGUCAGGAGGAGACACGAAAAAGCUGAAACAGGAACAUAGUUGUGAAGGCGAAGAAGCAGAUGAGAUGCCAGACGUUCAAGAGACUGUGACCGUGAUACCAGGAAGUGCCUUACUGUGGAGGAUAAUGCCACGGCCUGCUCACUCAGCACAGAUGUAUAACUUCACCAGCUUUGCCAUGACACUAAACGAGCUGGAGCCCGGCAUGGAGAGACUACUGCCAGCAACUGACUGCCGGCUGAGGCCUGACAUCAGAGCUAUGGAAAACGGAGACAGAGACACAUCAAGUACAGAGAAGGAGCGGUUAGAGGAGAAACAGAGGGACGCUCGCAAAGAGCGCUCCAAGGAUGAGGAGGAUUGGUCAACCAGGUGGUUCGAGCUGGGAACAAACCCUCACACAGGAGCGGAGGACUGGCUGUACACAGGUGGAUACUUUGAAAGGAGUUACAUUGACUCUCCCAACAUUUAUUGACACAGGGGGGGGUGUGAACAUCUCUCCUCUGAUAGGAUUCACUUUGUUUCUCUCAGCAUCUAAGAUUUUUGUCUGUCUUGAUGUUCGGGACCGCUCGCCGGUACCGUUUCUGUGCUUGAAUCGAUGAAAAGCUGAUAUCAAAAAAUGCUAUCAGACAGUUUAUCAGUUAACUGUGAACCACAGGAAGUCAAACUGAGGAGAAUUUUAGAGUUUACUUACUGUAAAUGUUGAUAUUUCAUCAACCACCUUCAUCUUUAUACGCCCUAAUCAUGAUUCUGACUCAUAGUACACGUGUAUGUUACUCACCCGUCGAAGGUUUUAAUCUCUGGAGCGGUGACGGAACUGCUGCUGCAGGACUCAAACCUCUGACUUCUAGAAGAAAUAUUUUCAAUUUUAGUUCAUCCUCAAUCAUACUGUAGUAACGUAACUCACCACACACUUCUGUUAAAAAUUGCAUUCAGAUAUCAGGGGUAAUUUAAACACAUCUGCUACUUUUAUAUAACCUAUUUGAAUAUUAGAUGUCUAUUUUUAGUUAGCACUAAACAUCCCUAAAACAUCACAGUGUGAUCCUUUUCUGUGAAUAGAGACUUACAGUAGAAAAGAAAGCUGCUUCUAACCAUGUUUACUGACACAGUAAACACAUAUUGUUGGUACAUUAUAUUAUUGUUCCGCUGUAACAUAGAUUAUGUGUAAUUAUAAUAAUUGGUGCAUGCAUGGCCACCAAGAUGACUAUUUACACAAAAUUUAAAGCCAUAAAAUGUUUUCUGCACUGAGAAAAAUACUGUAAAUGUAUUCAUAUAGAACUUUAAAGCAAAGGGAUUCAGAGCAUUUUGGUUUAAAGAGAACGCUGCGUCAUAUUGACUCUUUGAUUAUUGAUUAUAGCCAUUUAUUUUCAAGUCACUCUGUUUCUGCCUUUCCAAUUUGACGUCCUUUUUUCCAUCAGUCAAAGCCGUGUUUUCAAGACACGAUAGCAGCAAAUAAGAGUAGCACUUUCUGGUAAGCAUUAAUCAAGGGUUAAUACAUCAUUGUCUGAUGCUUUAAAGAUUAUUAAUAGACAACUUUUGGGUUGCCAGGUUGUGGAAAAGCUUGCUUUGUCUUUUUUUUUUUUUUAGCUGCACAAAACAUCUGGACCUGAAUGAUUAACAUUUAAAUAUAUUUUUAGGGCAUUUUUGCGCCUUAAAAUCGCAUCAGUGGUCCACUGCUGGAAUCGAACUACAGAUGUUGAGGCAUCUUAACUAGACUACGUGGGCUGCCAAUGCUUCUUAACAUUAACAACUGCAGACUUGAUUAAGGAAGAACACUUUAUUUAAUGUUCACAUUUUUCUCAAGUCAGUCCUAAAACAAAAGUCAGACGCCAUAAUGAACACUUAAACAUUUUUAUCCUCCUGUUCAUACUGACCAUUAGAAGAUCCCUUCAUUAUGAACUUACAAUGUAAGUGAUGGGGGAGUCCAUCAUUCUGUGCAAAAUGUAUUUAAGUUUAUCUAAAGCUAAUAUGAAGCUUCAGUCGUCCAAAUGAGUCAAAUCAAGUAGAUAUCUUUCAGUGUUUAUCUUAUUUGUGCCAAAGUCACUGUUUUUGUUUGAUGCUUCCACUGAAGCUGAAAAGAAAUAGACUGUCGAGACACAAAAACUGUGGAAGAUACCCACUUUAUUAAAAAAAAAAUUUGAUAGAUGGCAAAAAAACAAAAACGAUGAUAUUUGACUACGGUGGCUGAAUCCUCAAGUUAUAUUUAGAUAAACUUUUAAAUACAAUUUAGUUUUUGUUCCCCAUCACUUACAUCAUAAAUGCAUUUAAAGGAUCUUCUAAUGGUCGGUAUGAACAGGAGGAAUGAUCACAGAGAGCAAAGUGUUCAUUUGGGCUUUAGUGAUUUAUUGACACAUAAAAGCUGAUAUCAUACUAGAAACUAAGAAACUAAACACCCAUUAUUAACAGCGUACUAACAGUUAAAAACUACAACCUUGAUGGUUUUUUAGAAAGUGAGAAACAAUCUUUUAUUACUGAUACUGGAGGAUCUUCCUGAUGAGCUAAAGCGCUAAAAAGACAAAGAAAGUUCGAUGCUGUUGGAGGAUUUUCCACAAUCUAGAAACCCAGAAGUUAUUCUUAGCUAUUAUAAAUAAUCUAUAAAGCAUUAGUUAAUUAUUAUAAAGCAUUAAUAGAGCCUUUAAUUCAUGCUUAAACUCUUUAUAAGGGGUGACUUAUCAGAAAGUGGUAACCAAAUGGUACAGGCAUCCUAAACCUAUGCAAACGGAUCCAUCCAGUCUGCCCUCCUGAAAUGUGAAAAAUACAAAUAAAACACUUAGUUCUUCUGUAGCUCGUAGUCGACUGUGAGCUUGAGACGCUACAGAGGCACCAGUUUAAUGAAUGUCGUGUGCUGAUGAUAAUAUAACGCUUUGUGCGGUUGUUAGACAGUAGAGAAGUGUUUUUUUGUGUGUUUUCAAGCACUAACAUUGCGUAAAACUGCACAUUUGAACGCUCAUUGUCCUAUGCACAUAUUGUAUAGUGAAACAUCCUUCGUGUCUGUCUUCCCCCGGCUGCUCUCUGGACUCAAAGCACUUUUUGUGACGGCUGCAAAUACUCAAAGGUGCCGGUUCGAUCCGAUCUCAUACUCUUUACCCUCUUUGUCUUUAUGUCUAGAAUCCGUUUGAAAAUGUUUACAUUGUAUGUUCAGUGAUCUUUUGUUUCCGCUUCAUUACCACACCCACACAUCUAUAUGCUUACAAGGCAUAUUUAAGAAAUAAAUUAUGGACU